AAAUUUAAAUCGGGUGCGGGAUUCAAAUCUAUUGAAAAACGUGUACUUCCUGCUAGACGAAGAUGUCUUCAAAAAAGUCUGCAAAGAAUGGUGAGGAGAUUAUUGAUGAAAAGGACCAAAAGUGGAACAUUGAUGAGAAACCAGUGAAGAUUGAUAAAUGGGACACAGCAGCUGUGAAGAAUGCUCUAGAUGAUGCUGCCAAGAAGGUGUUGAAGGAGAAGUUUGGUUACGUGGAGUCACACAAGCUGAUGGACCUCCGUCUGUUGAUCUGUACCGUCGCCGUGGGUUUCUCUCUGUUCGCCCUCAUCUGGGACUAUCUCCGGCCAUUCCCCGAAUCUCGACCCAUUCUCAUCAUGUGUGUUUUAUCAUACUUUGUGUUGAUGGGAAUACUGACCCUGUACACCACCUAUGUGGAGAAAGGGAUUUUUCUGGUGGCCCUCCAGAAAGACGAAGCAGGGGUGGAUCCAGACAAUAAAUGGGAGUUGUCCUCACUGUUAAAAAAAUAUGAUGACAUGUACCACCUCACCAUGACCUUCACAGACGGAAUCACAGGGAUCCAAAGGUCAAAGGAAUUCUCCAAGUCUGUCGCCAGCUACUUUGAUGAAAAUGGAACAUUAUGUUUCGAUCUCUUUGAACCAGAAAUUAGACUUCUUCAUAAUCAAAUUUCAGCAGAAGGAAAGAAGGACUAAUUUAGCAAUGAACAUCUUAUCGACUUUUCAUCCUGAACAUUUCUAUGGCUAUAGGCUUUAACAUAAUUCAUAAUAUAUUUUGGACAUUAUUUUUACAAUGUUGUGCAAAAAAACGUCUGAUUUAUCUGCAUAUAAGGAGUGGUGCUGAGCAUUGACUGGGUAAAAGGGAGAUUUCAUUGUGUUGUGUCAUAGAUUUGAAUGUUGUAUAUUUUUUGUCUGAGUGCUCUUUAUGUGAAUGUUCAUUAAAUAUGGUACAUACUAGUCAA